UGUUGUUAUGGAAACCACAGUCGACUGGAUGUACGAGACUGUAAUAACUGUCCGCUAAGCUAACCAACACCCGCCAUGUUUGAACAGGUAAUUUCCACCAUAUUUCCGGUCUAUGUACCGCAGAUCUGUGGGCUCCGGAGUCGGACUUAAGUGUAAUCAUCAGCCGAACAUCGUCGGUCGUCGGGCAGGCAGCGGCUGCUCGUUUACGGAAGCGCCGUCGUACUGUCCCGGACGUCUUCUUCCAUUUGAAGGGCACAGGGGAGGUACAGGACGCCGCUGCUGCCUGUGUCUUUAAACGCAGAGGGAGACUUUCCGUGUUUCUGAGAUGUAGCCUGGCAAAUCUGUCGGCAGCGUCGCUCCGAGCCCACCUGAUCCGGGUCUGUCUGUCAUCCACCCGCUGAGGAAGGAGCAGGGAUGCCGAUGGUCUUAUCCGCGAGGCGCCUUCAACAGAAAGUUCUGCCUUUUAUCAAAGUGAAAGGCUCUGUGCUGUAAAUUUACAUCCUCCACCGAGACUCAAAGCUGACCCACCAUUCCAUCUGUAGACACGGUUUGACUAAAGAUUCCACAGCUGUUCAAACACCCACGGCAGAACAACCAACAACAGAAAUUUCAAGAAAUGGAUCAAGAUAAUCAGAGCCAAAUCCAGAAACAACUGGACGAAUCAAGUGGAACAGGCGAAGGUUUAACAACUACAGCAGAUGUAGCAGCUCCAACUACAGACCCCAGUGGUGACCAGACUGGCCCUGGUCCUGGCCCUGGCCCUGGCCCUGUUCCUGGUCCUGGUCCAGCACGACCUCGACGGCCCCAGAGGAGUGCUAGAGUGGAGGGCUCUGUCGAUAUCUCUGAGCCCAAACCUGAACCCACACCAGCAUCCAGUGAGGUGGAGUGCACUCCUGACGGUAAUGUUACAAGUCAUGCUAAACCUCCACGCCCUGCACCAGUCAAACCCACCACAGAGCACACUGGGCCCAGUGUCAAGGCCGGUCCUAAAGGUCCAGGUCACCACCCUGUCCGGGCUGCCUCAGUCCCCCACCCACCUGCAAGCAGGCCCAUACCAUCACAUAUGAACCCCCAUGCACAGAGGGCUCUCUCUGUCGCAGGUACCGCUGACACACAGGCUCAGAUUAUAGAAGACUUCAGGGUGCACAUCAUCACUUGGAAUGUUGGUUCAGCCACGCCACCUGAUGACAUCACUGCCUUGCUGGGGCUGAAUGUGGGUGAUGGAAAUACAGACAUGUACAUCAUUGGGCUCCAGGAAGUGAACUCUAUGAUUAACAAAAGGCUGAAAGAUGUCCUCUUCACAGACCAGUGGAGCGAGGUCUGCAUGGAAAGACUCAGCCCCUUUGGUUAUGUGCUGGUUACCUCUCAGAGGAUGCAGGGGUUGUUGCUACUAGUCUUUGCCAAGUACUUCCAUCUGCCUUUCCUCCGUGGAGUCCAGACUGAGACCACCCGCACUGGCCUAGGGGGAUACUGGGGGAAUAAAGGUGGAGUGAGUGCCCGCAUGUCAGUGUUUGGUCACACCAUCUGCUUCCUCAACUGCCACCUGCCGGCUCAUAUGGAAAACUCUGAUCAGCGCAUGGAGGACUUUGAAAGCAUCUUGCAGCAGCAGCAGUUUGAGGGCCAGGCUGCCACAGGGGUUCUUGAUCAUGAUGUGGUGUUUUGGUUUGGGGAUCUCAACUUCCGCAUUGAUGACCUUGAAAUGCAAGUGGUAAAAUCUGCCAUCGAUAAUAACAAGCUUUCCACGUUGUGGGAAAAAGAUCAGCUUAAUAUGGCCAAAGACAGUGAAACAGUGUUGGAGGGAUUUCAAGAGGGCCCGCUGAAAUUCCCUCCUACCUACAAAUUUGACGUUGGGACAGAUACAUAUGACACAAGUGGGAAGAAGCGUAAACCAGCUUGGACUGACCGAAUCUUGUGGCGUUUGAGGGCCACUGCACCUGCCAGCACAGGGAAACGUGGCUCCAUCUCUGGGCUCACCAGUGGGACCAAAGUUACACAGCAUUUCUACCGAAGUCACAUGGAAUAUACUGUCAGUGAUCAUAAACCAGUCUCCUCCAUCUUUACUCUGCAGUUUCCUUAUAAGGUGGAUGUCCCCCUGGUCACCCUAAUAGUGGAGGAUGAGUGGAAUAGCGUUGCUGAUGCCAUAGCAAAAUUCAGGCUGGUACCCAACUAUUCUCGCAGCUCUUGGGACUGGAUUGGGCUGUACAAGGUUGGUUUCAAACACCACAAGGACUAUGUGGGAUAUGUGUGGGCCAAGCAAGAGGAGGCUGAUUAUCACAGACAAGAACAUCAGGUAACCUUUACUGAGGAGGAAUUGCCCAAAGGCUCGGGGGACUUUAUCUUGGGUUACUAUAGCAACAACAUGAGCACCAUUGUGGGUGUGACAGAACCAUUUCAGAUCCAGCUUCCCACAACAGAUCUUGGAAUGAGUUCCUCAGACAGCUCUGACUUCAGUUCUGAAGAUGAUAGCACUGUUGUCCACAUGAAGAUGAGGUCCCGCUCUCCCAGUCCACAUAAGGGCAAGCACCGCAGCCACCGCAGCCGCAGCCACAGCCGCAGUCACAGCCGCUCCAGCAGCCCCAAGCAGACCAAAACAAAGGAGCAAGAUGUCACCGAUGGGUCUCAGUCCAGCACGGUGACAACAGAGGGAGAGUCCACAGGACACCCAGCAGAUGGCAGCAGCAGCCAGGCAUUUCAUUCAGAGGAAGACGACAAAGACACAGCAGGUUCAGGGGUGUGAUGGACAACCAGGUCCUGCUGUAGUCACUGGUGACAUACCCAACUGUUGUGUCUUUUAUUUGAUACAUUCACUGUACUGUAUGUUUUCUUUAAUGAAAAUGUACAGUUUCUAUUGCCAUCCUUUUCAGGAGCAGCCAUCUGGUUUAUCCAGAGGGCUUACUUUGCCUUGAGUUAUUUUUAUUAAGCUGUGCACAUUUUAUGUUAUUUAUUUGUACACCUUUCACUCUGUCCUGCGUUUCCUUUAUCUUUCUCCGUUCUCAGGUGUGGACAGUACAGGUAGCUAUCACUUUGCAUUUGGAAAUACUCAAGGAUUUAUAAUCAUUUCGAGAUCCCUGUUAAACAGUGGUUACUUAAUACUUCAGAGUCCAUCUUCCCCAUAUCCACCCCUGUGAAGCUCUGCAUUGACUAAUAAGCAGUUUGUGUCUGCAGACUGCAUACAAAACACAAAAUGUUUUUUAAAUGAGGUGUAUUCUGACACAAUCAGUUCUGACAAAUAGAAUCAAAUCAUUGUUUGUUUAAAAUUUGUGGAAUGUGAAACAAACAGUUGCAUUUUAUUAGAAAACAUGCUAUGAAAACAUCAACUUUAUCAAAAAUUUACACCUCAGACUCAGCAACAUGAUACUUAACAUGCAGGGAGCAUUUCAGAUGACACACCAAUGGGCCUAAAGUCCCUUUACGGUUUAUAAAACAGAGCAGAACCAAAGUAGGUGGGAUUUAUGGGUCUCGGCCAUUAGCCCUGGCAGCAGCAAAGCACAUGUCAGCAUAGAGUGAAUAUGAGCGUAAAGGCCUUUAAAUAGACCGCCAAAUCAGUGCAGUAGGACGUGGGGUGUGUGGGAGGCUAACUGUCAGCUGACACAGCAUGGCUGUCUUGCCAGAACUGCUUGAUUAAUUAUUGGUUUCAUGGGUCCUAAAGGUGCUGAGCCUGUGACAGUAGUAACCACUACAGUAAUGGGACCCAGGAGAAACACUUUUGAUUUGAUGCUCAGACCCUUAUGUGGAUCAUAACUAAGUUUACCCAGAACAGAAAAAAUAGAUUUUAGUUGUUGUAAUUCUGUUUUCAAAUUUUAGAAGUACCAAGUAGAUUUAUUGCAUGUUUUCAACACAAAGGCUGAUUAUCUGUCUGGAUGUAGAGCAACUGCAAAGCUUUGGAUUAAUCCUUUCAUAUGAUCCAAAGCUGACAUACUCCACUCCUGUAAAAUAUCACAAUGCAGAUAUUUUACUUGAUGAAUGAUUUCAUCAAUUGAUGAGUAAUUUCAAACCAAUUUUACUUUUUCUUUUUGCAGUUUUUUUUUUUUUUUAUUGCAUUGUCUCUCACUCAGAUCCUCCCUAAGUGAUCCUGGUGAUUAGCUGACAGUGUGCUUCACUGUAGUUGUGUUGCACUUUGUACAUUUGGGCUGUUAGCUUAGGACAGUGUAAACUGUUGUAGCUGUAACCACAGUGUGUGUGUCUGUGAACUGUUUUUGUGUGUAUGUGUUUUUAUGAACAUGUGCGUGUGUUUGGGAUGACAGAGCUAGCCCAGGGAUGAAUGGGGUGUGUCUGUUUGCAUGGUUUGAGGCUGGACAUACUGUACAUUCCGGUACUGUGACUUUUGUGCCGUAAAGUGCUGUUUUUGACUCCUCUUUGUUAAAUCUGUGGCUGUGAAAAUUGUUAGAAAACAUGGUAAGGACAACAUAAAAGUCUAACUUUGAUGUAAAUGUUAGGUGAAGAAAAUGCAGGAUAGUUAUGCUUGCAUAAACAGUAUCUGAAAUUAUUUGAAUCAUUUCAUCGUGCAUUUAUGUAUUUUCUUGAUUUGAAAAGGAAACUCUACUGGACCUGUUUAGAGUAAUAACUUUGUGCUACUGUACUUUAGAUAAUUUAGGUAAGUGUAAUCAGUACUGCAGUCAUGAUCAGAGACUAUCUAUUAUGAGAUGUUAAAAAAAUGCUCUGUCUACAGAAUAUUAUUGUUUUGUAAUUAUGUGGCUAAAGUAGAAUAUGUAUGUAAAGGGCAUAUAUGAAGUAUGGUAUAAAACACAAAAUAAGAGACAAUCUAUGCCACAAAGAUUAUUUUACUUAAAUUAUGUAUUUAUUUUCUUAUUUCAUUGUUAAAUGAACCUGAAUUCUGCUGGCCAGUGAGGGAGAUUUAUUUCAAUAGAAAUGUCAAAAUGAUGAUAUUGAACAUUAUUUUUUCUUUUUUGUUUGAGACUAUGGAAACAGGCUCUGAUUUAUCCUGUAUGAAUUUUAAGUAAAGUCAUACCAAAUGUUUAUUUUAUUGUUAAAAGUGCAGAUUGUUUAGUCUACAAAACGUGUGUACGGUUGUAACUGAAAUUGACUCAAAGGGAAAAAAUACAGCAAAUCUGUGGGGUGUUUGACUUUAUUUCUGCAUACGUGUAUGAUUUAUCUAUGUGACAGUAUCUGAGCAGUAUGUUAUUGAAGUUUCAGGUAUUCCUUAUUUUGUUCUACAAUCCAAAGCUAGUGCAGCUCCAUCCAGAGAAACAAUCUACUCCCCUUCAGAUCAAACUGUCUAUAAAGGUAAAUAUUUUUUUUUGUUUAGGUGUGCAUGUGUGGGAGAGAGCUAAUAGAAAAUAUUUGUGUUGGGUUAUGUGAGUUUUGAAUGUCAUUUUAUAAUAAGUAAAUAAAGGCAGAUGGCUUGAAAAUUAAUGUAAUUUCCUGAUAGAUUAUAGUCUUGGCUCCAUAAACAUUUAUACAAAUGUAGGAAAAAUAAUCCAUUAGUCACUGUAAAGGUCAUUAAUGCAACAAACAGUAAAGUUAAUUGAAUAUUUUAAUUAUGUAAGAGAACUGUUGUUGGCAUCAGUAAUAUUAGAGUGGGCCUAUAAAUCUGUGGACAGUAGUUAUGUCUUUAAAGGAAGAAGCUUUAUUUGAGACAUCCUGAAUAAAUGUUAGAAUGUAAAAGCAUCACAUCCUGCAGAAGGCAACAGCAGGUGCAUCUUGCAUCAUGCUUCUGCCCUCUGAAAAGAAAGUGUCCACCCUGCAAAUUCAUGGUGACAAAUGACUGUACUGCUCUGAUGCAACACCGGUCAGGGAUUGGGCUACUUGUUUUAGUGACACCAAGCUCCCGAAGCUCAAGCAAACAAUUAAUACUGAAGCAAAUUGUACAGGCUGACAGUAUAAAGGAGACUAUGAUGCCAAUGAUUUGAACAUUUUUAGCUGCAUUUUUCAGCCAUGUUGAUGUUUUGACUUUUUGGUAUUCCAGGCAUUGUGUCUCUGUGCUGAAGGAAACCUUUGCUCUUCAACCUCUGGUCUGAUCUCUACGUGCAAAGAUAGAUUUAUUAGCACAUGUAAUAUCACUGCUACUUAUUCUUUAUCUGAAAUGAAGAUAGUAAAAUUACCUAACAGGAACUGAUAGAAUAAUCUGACCUUGUGGAUUGUAAUGGUUUUAGUGAAUAGUGCACAGUCAACUUGCUCUAUAUCCACAGUGAUGGUCAGAUAAAUCUAUAAAUGUUGGCAAAGAUCCCAAACAUACGAACCCAAACAAUGUACUCAUCUUCACUUCAGAGCUCUGUAAACACUUUAUUUAUAUGCUGCUUAUACAAUGGAAAUAAAGGUAAAUUGGGUGUUGUCCCCACAAAUGCAUCUGCAGCAUAUAAAGGUACAUGUUCCCAAUCAUAGGUUUUGACUAUAUAACACAGCAGGCCCUGAGGAGUUGGGAGCUGCCUCUAUAGCUCCACAGGAGGUUUUGCAGUGACAUAUAACCAAGUUAUACUGACAGAUACAAUCCACAGCCUCUGUUCUUUUCCUCACUGCUCAGUUUUUACUGUUGUUGUAAAUAUAUUUUUAGGUUUAUCUGGUUGCUACUCCAUGAAGCAAAUGUUCUGGUGUGCUUUUUAUGGCUAAGAUUAAUGCAACUGAUCAGAUUAAUUAUACUGAUAUUGGUUUUUGCGCAACCUUAAUAAUGGUUUCUGGGAAACAUUUAUUUGCUUUUUGGUGUCUGGUACUCUUUGAUACAGUACAUCUCAUGGCAGGCAGGCUUCAAUGAUGUGCAUGUAGUCACAUUUAAUUUGAGCGAUGAAUAAGCAAAAUGUUCUGAGCCUAAAGUAAACUUUUACUGUGGAUCUUGGUGGGGCUUGGUUGAGAAUGAGCAUUAAAACUGAUCAGAAUAUCCUCA